CUUGGGAGUGGAGCAAUGGCUGCGGCAGUGGCGGUACCGGCAUCUGACAGGUAUGGCGGCGAUCUAAACCAUGGCGCCAGAGAGGAGCGCAGGGAAGACUAUGAUGAGCGCCGCAGCAAACGCAAGGGCCGUGAUGAAGAUGGAGACAGAGGUCGGAGAUCGAGCGAUCAAGAUAAGAGGCGCCGCGACGACGCCAGGGACGAAGAUCGCUGGCGGGGGCGAGACGAAGAUGCCAGCAGACGGGAAGAUUCUAGCAGGCGAGGGCGAGACGAAGAUUCUAGCAGAAGGGGGCGAGGCGAGGAUUCUAGCAGAAGGGGGCGAGACGAAGAUGCUAGCAAGCGGCGAGACGACGAUGCCAAAGAGGAGAAGAUUGUGCUUCCUGCGGGUAGGAGUGGAGGGACAUAUAUUCCUCCUUUCAAGCUCGCCCAGAUGAUGAGGGAUGUGAAAGACAAGACGAGCGUGGAGUACCAGAGGAUGGCCUGGGAUGCUCUGCGCAAGAGUAUCAAUGGUCUCGUGAACAAGGUGAACACUUCCAACAUCCGGAACAUCCUCAAGGAGCUCAUUGCCGAGAACUUGAUCCGGGGGAGAGGAUUGUUUGCGAGAUCGUGCAUGAAGUCGCAGAUGGCCUCGCCUGCUUUCACACACGUGUUUGCCGGCCUUGUUGCUGUGAUCAACACCAAGUUUCCAGCUCUUGGAGGAUUGCUGCUGACAAGAAUCAUCCUACAGUUUCGCAGGGCCUUCAAAAGAAAUGACAAGCCCGUUUUACUCGCAGUGACAAAGUUCCUGGCGCAUCUUGUUAAUCAACGAGUUGCCCAUGAAGUGAUUGCACUUGAGUUGCUAAUGCUCCUGCUGGAAAAUCCUACAGAUGAUAGUAUAGAGGUGGCUGUUGGAUUUCUCAAGGAGUGUGGAGCGUAUUUGCUGGAGAUUUCUCCCAAGUGCUUUCAGAUGAUUUUCGAUCGGUUCCGAGCUGUUCUUCACGAGGGAGAGAUCGACAAACGUGUUCAAUUCAUGAUCGAGGGAGUUUUUGCUUUACGAAAAUCGAACUUUCAGGGACAUCCAGCAAUAAUCUCAGAAUUGGAUCUUGUUGAAGAAGGUGACCAGGAAACACAUCAGAUUUCCCUUCUAGACAAGGACCUGGAUCCAGAAAGUCGCCUUGACAUCUUUGCUCCGGAUCCUGAUUACUUGGAGAAUGAGAAGAAAUACGAGACCAUUAAGAACAGCAUUCUCGGUGACGAAAAAGAGGAAAAGGAUGGGUCAGCCUCUGGUUCCGAAGAGGAGGACGAUGAAGACGAGGGCGAAGAAGAAGAAGAUGAAGAUGAUCCUUCGCAGAGCAUCCAAGACCUCACAGAAACAAACUUGGUGAACCUCAGGCGUACCAUAUAUCUAACGAUCAUGUCAAGUGUCGAUUUUGAAGAGGCUGGCCAUAAGCUUUUAAAGAUAAAGCUGGAACCAGGCCAAGAGAAAGAACUGUGUAUCAUGCUUUUAGAAUGCUGCAGCCAAGAACGGACGUACCUGAGAUACUAUGGGCUUUUGGGCCAGCGAUUUUGCAUGAUCAACCAAGUGUUCCAGCAACAUUUUGACGAGUGCUUCCUCGGCCAGUACACAACAAUACACAGGCUAGAAACGAACAAGCUCAGGAACGUGGCCAAGUUCUUUGCGCAUUUGCUAGGGACGGACGCUCUUCCAUGGACAACUCUCGAGUACAUCAACUUGACCGAGGAGGCGACGACAUCAUCGUCUCGUAUCUUCAUCAAGAUCCUGUUCCAGGAGCUUUCGGAGCAUCUGGGACUGCAAAAGCUGAACGAACGCCUCACAGACCCAGACGAGCAGAUGCAGAGAAACGUGGGCGGCAUCUUCCCGCGGGACAACCCGAAGAACACACGCUUCGCCAUCAACUUCUUCACUUCCAUCGGUCUGGGUGGUCUCACGGACAGCUUGCGAGAGUACCUCAAAAACAUGCCCCGGUUCAUCAUGGAGCAGCAGAAGCCGGUGGAGAGCAGCGACGACGAAAGCUCAGACAGCGAGAGCUCGUUGUCGGAACCAUCAUCUUCGUCUUCAAGCGAAUCCGAGUCCGAGUCCGACUCCGACAGCAGCGGCGACGAGAGGAGUAAAAAGAGGAGGAAGAAGUAGCAAAACAAUGGCAGGACAAGCUCGGCGCUCUCGAAGAACACUCCAACGUUUUGACACACUGUAAGUGGCGGAAGUGCUCAUCGUUUGCUUUCUAAUCGAGAUUGUGUGCCAGGAACUCUAAAGCUUUGCUUGUAAAACAGGAACUCUAGAACUCGACUGUCUUGUAAACUCACUAUUGAGGUAUCCAAAAGAAUUUUAUCAAAAUAUCCAACGUGGAUAUUCUAGCA